AUGCUAACUCAUAAUCCGUCUCUAGAAAAUGCUGUUGCCAGUUUCUUUACUCCGACCUCUCAGAAGCCCAAGGACCGCGUCGUCUGGUCUGAACGAGCACCCGACAACGACACCCCGGCCACCUUGCUGGUCGCACGAUACGAGCCCGACGCAGCAAAGGAGACACAGGGCACAGAAGACACAUCGGCGACAAAACGACGGCGAAUAGCGGCAUUUGACCUGGACUCUACUCUGAUCACCAGCGCCUCUGGCAAGAAGCAUGCCGACAGCCCGACAGAUUGGAAGUGGUGGGAUAUGUCUGUUCCAGCGAAGCUACGCUCACUCUACCACACUGAUGGGUACCGAAUUGUUAUUCUUUCCAACCAAGGCGGCAUUACGCUUCAUCCUGAUCGAAAUGCGAAAGGUCCGAAGAAGUCGAUUCAAGAUCGACUGUCCUCCUUCAAGCAAAAGGUCAGCGCGGUCCUCUCUCAGCUCGACAUUCCCCUUACACUCUACGCUGCAACGGGCAAGGAUGGGUUUCGUAAGCCCCGUACAGGAAUGUGGAAGGAGGUCUGCGAAGAUUACGGACUUACGCAAGAGGAUGUCGACACGAGCAAGAGCAUCUUCGUUGGGGAUGCUGGAGGACGAAAGGCUCAGCUCAAAGGCGCAACUGCAGUGCCUAAAGAUUUCAGCUGUUCGGAUAGGAAUUUCGCAACCAACGUUGGGAUCACUUACCAGACGCCAGAGGAGUUCUUUAUGGGUGAAAAGCCACGAGAUUUUACGCGGGAUUUCGACCUGACUCAUUACCCAUUCACCGCCUCAAGUCUCACGGAGACGAAUACUCCCUUGUUUGAGAAGAAGAAUGACAAGGACAUUGUCCUCUUCUGUGGCUCCCCUGGCGCAGGCAAAAGUACAUUCUACUGGAAGUAUCUGAAACCUUUGGGGUACGAGCGCGUGAACCAAGAUAUCUUGAAGAGGUAUGUCCUGCUGAUCUAUCGGGUCGUCAACAUCACUCAAAAGUUUUAUAGCAAGGACAAGUGUUUCAGGGCGGCAGCCGAUCACUUGUCAGAGGGUGAUUCUGUAGCGAUAGAUAAUACGAACGCAGACCCAGACACCCGGGCACAAUGGAUUGAGUUGGCGAGAAAAAACAAGGUCCCAAUCAGGUGCCUGUGGUUCAAGACUCCGAUCCCUAUAGCAGAGCACAACGAUGCCGUCCGUGCCAUGAACAGACCGAUGAACCCCGAGUCGAGGACUUCCCUCCCAAAGCUCGCAUUCAAUGGGUUCGCAUCUCGCUUCAAAGAGCCGAAAGCCAAAGAGGGCUUUCAGGAUGUUGUGGAGAUAGAUUUCAAGUUUCGAGGAACCGAAGACGAAUACCAAAUAUGGGGACGAUAUUGGCUCUGA